AUGUCCUUCAGUUGUUUAGUGACCCGCACGCUUGCGUCUGCCCGCAGCUUCUCCACAUCUGCCGUCGCGUCUUUUCCAAAACUCAAAUCUCACAGCGGCACUAAGAAGAGAUGGAGGAGUUUGCCCAACGGCGAGUUCAAGCGGGGACGUGCGAACCACUCUCACUUGAACGUAUCGAAGCGGCCAGCACAGAAGAAUCGUCUUGGGCAGACCGCCUACUCAACAGGUGCUCAAACGGGUAACCUGAGGAAACUCCUGCCGUAUGGCUCGGGCUGA